AUGUCCUACCACGACCGACCAGUCCGCCAUGGACAACCAGGCGACUACUCGCCCUCCUCGUCUGGAGCCGCCACUCCCACCACCUCGGCCGCAUCCUCGACUUUCCUCACACACUCAUUUUCCGGCCUUGCCAGUGGAUUUGGCGGUCUUGUACGCCGCUUUUCAGAUAUGACCGCGGUGCAGGCGGGUCACCAAGGCCCCCCAGACGACAUCUCCAAGACCUCUGCCUCACACGGCAGCCCUCAUUCUCACUCAAACCACUGGAACAAUGGCAUAAAUGGUGUCUACACUCCGCCAAUAAACAGAUCUGUUUCGCCACUGAGGCCACCUCCCCUUGAGCCGCUAGAGCUAAAAGGCUUCAGGGAGGAUACCACACAAGCGGCGAGGCUGUUGACGCCUGCGGUCGCAGAGGAGAUCCGAAUCAUGGUCCCGGAGCGCCAGCGCAUUGAGGAAGAAUGGAAUCUUGUGUACAGCCUCGACCAGGAUGGGGCGAGCUUAGGGACCCUAUAUGAGAAGUGCGGUCCAUACCAGGGCACGCGAAACAGCUUUGUCCUCGUCGUCAGGGACAGCUACGGUGGCUUAUUUGGCGCCUACCUAUCCGAAUCACCACACCCGUCAGCGCAUUACUUUGGCAACGGAGAAUGUUUCCUCUGGCGAGCAUCUGUCCUCGCAGCCUUGCCUCCUCCACCGUCAGAGGAUACGACAAAUCUCACACGCGUGACAACCAUCGCCAGCCCCACACAAUCUCGUUUCCCAAGAUCUCAGCCACCACCACCACCACCACCAAAGCCAGAACCAGAAGAAGACCUCCUAAUCGAUUUCUCUGACGACCUGCCAUCUAAACCAGCCUCCUCGACCGAUCCUGUGCCCUCACUACUAGGCGUGGCCCCAGCUCCUCCUCCGCCGCAAGCUGUUUCGCCCGCCAGGACCCCGAGCCCCAACAUCCCAAUGAGCCCGUCUAUCCGUUUCAAGGCGUUUCCGUACAGCGGCGAGAACGAUUUUUACAUGUACUGUGAAUCCCACUGGCUAUCAGUAGGGGGCGGCGACGGACAUUAUGGCCUGUGGCUGAACGAUUCGCUGGCGAGGGGCGUCAGCUCGCGCUCCCUGACGUUUGGGAAUGAACCGCUGAGUGACGAGGGCGAGAAAUUCGGGGUUCUCGGCGUCGAGAUGUGGCUCAUUGGCCGCGGAGGACGGCGCUGA